GGUAGAGUAGACAGUGAAGAGGAACAAAUUCAGCUGGAUUUUUCUAAAGAUGCGGCGCAGAACAUGCGGGACAUCCUCGUACACGUGACGCGCGUGAAGGACGAACGCAGAGCACUGAAGCUCGCAUACCUCAACAACUUUGUCCGACUCUGCUGUUACCUUGGCAACCAGCAUGCUGGUUUCGCACGGGAAGACAUCCUAUGCUGUCUUCGCUUAGGCCUGUUGCAUCAAGCAAAGGAGAUACGCACUGCAACGCUCCGAGCUCUACGCUAUUAUAUCCGGGACAAGCAACGCCUGAGAGCGCUUCUUAGUCUGCAAAUAGAUUUAUUAAUAGUGAGGUCGUUAGAUCUGGUGCAGGAUAACGAGGGCGAGCGGAUACAGGUGCUGCGUCUCAUCCGCAAGAUGAUGAGCAUCGACCCGGCAACGUUCCCGCGAUCACUGCUCAACGCCGUCGUCGCAAUCGCCGGUGAUGGGGGACACGACCGCCUCGUCCGCUGCUGCCUCGCCACCAUAUGCGAACUGGCUGUGUACAACCCGGAGGUGGUGGCGCGGGCCGGCGGCGUUGGCGUGCUCAUGAAGUGCAUCCUAGACGCGUCGAUGCCGGGAAUCAACGAGGCGAUGGUGGCAACUGUGCUGCACCUGCUCAACAACCCCCGCACCAGACCCUACAUACGCAACGGCGUUGACAUCGAGCAAGUACUAGCACCGUUCACAGAUUUUCACUACAAGCACAACUCUAUUGCACCUGAUCAGGAAGCAUCUGAAAGCGAAGACCAGGAAUUACGAUUUGUCGCGUGCAAGCAAGCGAUAGUUACGAUGCUUCGGUCCUGGCCAGGAAUGAUACGACUAUGCAAGAAAAACGACUCGGGGAUCCGCUCUGUGGUAAAAGUACUAUCCCUGCCUUAUGAGGAUAUAAGGAAACAUUUCAUAGACGUGCUGUUUGAAGUCUUUCGAAUUCCCGCGUUGGAGUGGACAGACGACUUUUCUGACGCAUUGUUAUCCUUAGAUCCUUCAUCGAUGAGAGAUGGCUGGCAACUGAUGGAGGGAUUUGUUGUAGAAGAAGGGCUGUCGAUACUACCUCACAGAGCUAGCACUCGAAUGAACUUGGUGGAAAACUAUCUGUCAUUGCUGAUCACAGCAUUUGUACAGGCGGGGUUGCUCGAGGCCCUCGUCGAAGUGAUAAUAUCAGCUGGUCGGUCGAUGGCAGUAGCAACGACAAUCUUGCUCGGAGAGCUACUGCAUGUGGGUAACAGGCUGGUGCCUGUGGAGGUGAGUGCGUACUCACAGUGCUUGCCCACCCUCACCGGCCUCGCCGCCUCACCUAACAAGUCGGCCGAAGUCAGACUGCGUGCGAGGGAAGUCGUCGGAUACCUGAAGAGGCUGCACGACGUAAAGAAGCGAGGUGUCGUGCCGUGCUCGCUCUACCUCGACCAGAUCCUACAGCUAGCGCCACGAGCGCUGCAGACGUCUUCCGGAAGUCGCUUCAACCCAGGACAUCUCGCACAGACCCGCCUCGCGCAGACGCUGGAGAGGGAUGCAGAAGAGGUGCUGACGCAAGCAAUCAAGGACAGCCAGGUGCUGGUCACGAAAGAGAACUUCAACUGGGACUGGGAUCUCAUCGCUGCACUGCUCAAGUGGCCCGGCGAUGGACUAGUAAGCAUUGACAGGGCAUCUGGAGGGAAGUUUGUGACCAGAGUGAGCUACUUCUUCAGCCCUCGCAGCAUGCUCUUCUCAACGAUCGACCAGGGCAACGACAGAGCACAGCUGUUCUCUGUCACUGCGUGCUACCUGCUAGAAUUCCUUCUCAUUCACGACGAGCCAGAGUACCAGAAAAUACUAGAAGAUUUCUUGGCAGAGAUCUUGGACUGCUUGAAGGAGGUGUGCAGGGAGCAUGUGACGGGAUCGCUAGUGCUGUCACCUCAGAGCUUGCUCAGCACUCUCAGUCGCGACUACUUUCUCCUAAUCGGGAGGCUGUCUUACUCUCUACGCGGCGAGAAGGCGCUGUCCCGGGCCGGCAUCUUCCUACGACUGAUGGACCUGGUUUCCACUACGACGCACGAUGUGUAUGUGAAGCUGGUCGUCUCGUCGUUGAGCUACAAUAGGAGCGGCAUCGCGCGCACCAUCCUGUCUCGCAUCCUCACCGGCGGAACCGACAGUUGUCGCGUGUACGCCACUCAGCACCUGCGCGUGCUGCUGCGUGCUCACGUGCUCAAGUUUGAUGGUUGGGGCGUCGACAUGCUGGUGCAGCAGCUGUACGACAAGAGCAAAGCCGUCUCCCUGCUAGCCCUGGACGUGCUCGACGAAGCGGCCGAGGACGAGGCAACCUUAGCGCGCUGGUGUUCAUGCCGACGUCGGUGCUGCCACCUGGGUAACCGCGGCUCGAUGCUCAUGGUUCGCUUCCUCUCAACACUGUUCGGUUACAAGUACCUCACCAACUCGAACUUUUGUCUCCCGGGAGCUGACCAAGUGGAACAAGACGUUCAACAUCCGAUAUGUCAGCAUGGUUGA